AGCGGGCGGUGCGACCUGAGCCUUCUCGCCGCAACAUACCGACGGCACUUUCUCGUGUGCUCGACUCCUUGCUGCUGCAGCAAAUCUUCGGUUGCCGAUGCCAUGGCUGCACCACUUGCAGGUGAAAACAAACAGAGUGCAAAACAAGGACGAAGAGCUGCAGUCUCCACACCAUCUGUGACAGCAACAGCUGCUACAGACAUUGAACAGGAUGAAGAGCUAUCCGCACCCAUUAAACAAAAUGGAAGCAGUAAAGACCGACCAAACAAAGCAGUGUCGGGAUGGGGUGAAGAUGCGCCUCGUAAACCUCGGGCACGGCAGCUGGGUGAAGGGUUAGAGACUUUAGAAGAUGAAAGACUGCGGCCAAGUAGUCCUGACAAGGGUUCUGAAGGAGAUUCAGACACUGAUAUACCUGUUAUACCUGAACUAGAGGAACAGCAGGAAGAGGACCUAACAACACGAGUUGCCUCUGCACCCAAUGUUGCUGUAAAUCGAGUGGCAACAUACAGAGAACUGGACAAUGAUCUGCUUCGACAGGCAGCAUUUCAAAUCCUGGACAAUGAAAUUGAUCUGAAGUUAUUAACAAAGGGCUUGUCACCAGCUGAGGACCUAAUUGAGGAAGAUCGUCCUUGGGACUGGGACCGUCUUUUCACAGAAAUUUCUUCGGAGUUGACCACUGAAUGGGAGAAGGCAGCUGGAGAAACCAACACAGAGCAGGCAGAAACAUGAUCUGUGCUUUAUUUGAUGAGACUAAUUUCAGUGUAAGCGAGGAAAACUUGUUGCCUGUGAUGUUGGAUAGUCAGACAAUGAUUCUAUACUGUCUCAAGUGUUGCUGUGCAGGUUUGCAUUUUAAUAAGUACCAAAAGCAAGUUUAGUUAAAAUAAGAAAGGUAAACUUUUUUUAAAGCAAUUUCAGGUAAAAGCCUGAAUAACUGAAAAAAAACUGCAAGAGCUCGAGCAUUCCAAUUUCUUCUUAAAAAAUAUAUUGUUUGUUCAUUUAUAAUAAUGCUUCGUUAUUUCACUUAUCUUGCCACACACUAUGUACAUUUUAUUUUCUGCAAAUGAUUUACUUGGGUUAUCUACAUCAAGUCUCUUUCUCAGAAUACUGUCUUGUGUAUAAUGCUGAAACCAUUUUAAAAAGUGAUAAAAGAGUUUCAUUUGAAAUUAAAGAAAAAAGCUGCUAUGAAUUUGCUAAUCUAGGCAAAUGGCUGGUCUACAUAACAUAAUACAACAUUAGCAGGAAAAAACAGAAAUAAAGGUAAAUGCAUUUAAAAAUUUAUCUUGCAACUUAAGCUAUCAUAAAAUAAUAAGUAGACCUUCUUAUAGUCACUUAUAUAUACAUUGUAAACAUGCAGAUAUGGGAAAAUAAAAUUUGUGUUCAAGAUAA